GAGCGCGGGCGGCUGUGCUGAGGCCGGGUGGCGGUUACCAUGGCGUCUCGCUCCAACCGGGAGGACCUGGACCUGACUCGGGAUGAAGUCGAGCGCUUCAGGGCGGCGUUCAAAGACGAGAAGUUCAAGGAGCUGCUGUUCGAGUACGUGGAGGAGAUCUCCAACCCGGAAAAUAAGAAAAAGUACGAGGAGGAAAUCUCUCAGCUGGAAAGGGACCGGGGCGUCGACAUCAAGUUCGUGCACCCCGGCCCGGGCCAUGUGCUGAAAAGCAGCGUGAACGGAGACCAGAAAUGCUUCAUUAAUGUCUGCAGCAACGAGCUGAUUGGCAAGGCCUCCUACACGGUUGGAAAGGGGGAGAAGGGGACUCCAGGUCAGCACUGGUCUCUCCCCUACAGUCUCACUCCGGGCAGGGAGGAGCUAACUAAAGGCGGCGGGAGGCAAACGAUUUACGAUGUGGUCUUUCAUCCGGACACGUUGGACAUGGCUUAUAAGAAUGCAACGUUUAAAAAAAUGGUGGAUAAAACUUCCAUGGAGGCCAUAGAGAAGCAACUGCAUGUGAAGUUGGACAAAAGGAACUUCAAGACUUUAAAGGCAAAAUACAAAGGGAUGUCGUAUGCGGCUGUCAUCCGCAAACCCCUACCUGGUGGUCCCAAAGAGCCCUCAGAAGAUCCAAACGAUCCUUUAAGGUUUCCAUACCCCUUUGAUCUUCCCAAAUCAAAAGAUGCCCCAGGAAGUGAUGCAGAAAAGAAGAAAACAAGUGGGAGUUCAAAGGCAACUACGGAUGAUAAGAUUGAAGACCAUACCAAACCCACAGAACCGAAAUAUUCUAUUCUUUACAGGUCUCACUUUGACGUGCAAGAUUAUCGAAAUGCUCGUGAUGCUGUCCCAAGCACCAGACCAAAAGAAUUAGUUAUUACCAUCGAUCUUCCUUUGCUCAAAUCGGUUGAUGAUGCUUGUUUAGAUGUGACAGAAAAACAGUUGUGUUUAGAGUCUCAGAAACCUAGUUACAAGCUUGACUUGCAUCUGUCCUAUCCAGUGGAUGAAAAUCUAGGAUCAGCUAAAUUUAACAAGUCCAAGAGGCAGCUUGUUGUUACUCUGCCAGUAUUAGCCUUGAAACACAAAUCGCCUCCAGAAAUGGUGGCAUGUCAUGUUAGUGAGGAUGAAAAAACAGAAGAUAGGAAUGAGUCCAUCAGUGGUCAAUCGCUGGAACAAGAAUCAAAAGUAUUUCAAUCUGAUGAGUGUUCUAAAAAAGAAAAAAUGGAGGAUGCCACCCCUAGAAACCCAGAAUAUGAGAUUGAAUCUGUUAAUUAUUUGCAGGACUCCAGAUUGGAGCAAAGAACACUGUCUCAGAAGAAUGAAAAGCUGGAAACUAUCCACAUAGAAAGUCACCUUGAAUCUGUUGCUGAAAUAAUUCCAUCUGCGGCAGACAGCAAGUUUCAGGUGACAAAUGGUGAGGUUGUUCUUCCUAAAUUUGUUUCAGAAGCAGGUCUACUCAUUCCUGCAGAUUCUGAAGAACAAAAGAACAUCUUGGAAGAUGGUGCAGUUGGCUGUAUUGAUAAAGACUUUCUUGGUUCUUUGGAAAGGUCUGGUGAUGGUUCUGUGAAUGAACUGUCAGAUGAUAAUCCAGGAGUACAUUCAUCUGGAAAUACAGAGCUUGACUCAAAAGACAGUACAGAGGAAACUAAAAUUGUGUGUCCUGAUUUCCACUAUGACCAGGAUGAAGGUUCCAUUACCUUUAUACUACGAGUGAAACAUAUUGAUAAAGAUAAUUUGAAGUUAGUACUUAGUACUCAUGAAUGUAAUGUCACAUUUGGGACAGAUGAGUGUAACACCUUAUAUUCCCUGUUUGUUCAGUUUCCUACUGAAUAUCAGUUGGACACCACAAAAAACGUCUUUAGUGUAUCUCAAGACAAUGCCGCAGUGGUGUUAACAAAAUCUCUUGUGAGUCAAGGAUUGUGGCAAAGUUUCUGUGCUGGAGAGUCUUGCAGUUGCUUACAGAAGAAAUUAUUUGUAACUCCAGAAAAUGUAGAUCAGUUCCUGAGUACUUCCUUGGAGCCUCCAGUUGCAGAGGAGCCCGCUGAGAAGCAUCCUGCAGUAAUUCUGCAAGUGUCAGAAGUCAGUGAAAGCAGCCUUGUUAUCAAUUUGAAGUCACAAGAGAAAGAAGACACUGAAGACUAUGAACUUACUGAGACACUGGACAGAAUUAACCAGGAUGAAAUUUGUAAAAUUGUUUCUAAUACCUCUGCUGCUAUUAACGUUCAGCAAAAUGAAAAGGAAAUCAGUUCCUCAGAAACAGCUGUGAGCAACAAACUGGAAAAAGAUACAUCUUUGUCAGAGGAAUUCAUGAAUAGUAUAUCUAUUAAUAUAAACCAAUUAGCUGAGAAUAUCAGUCAAUUGAAGCAGGGAACCAAUUCAGAAGAGGAAAACGGCUUGGAAAGUCCAAGACACGAGAGGAAUCAAAUGACUUUGAAUUCUGUUCAUGAAAAAAAACUUAUGAGCAAGAUUGAAACUGAAACACCACCCAAAGAAAUCUCAGAACUUAACUUGGCACAAACUGUGGAUCCAGUAUUUGCUAAUGGUAAAAAGCAGAAGUCAGUCCGUUUUAAACAAUGUGUAAUGGACGGAGCUACACUUGAUGAAGAUGAUCUUCCAGGUGACCAGAACGAAGCUAUGUCUUGUGCGCAAGUUGAGCAAAUGGCACCACCACCUAUCCUGAAAGAAAUUAAUGCUGAUGGAAGUAUUGAGAUUAUUCGUGACCAUAGAACACAAUCUGCACUUUCCUUUCAGAAUACACAACUGUUUGAAUUAGACUAAUUAAAUAUUUGAUACUUUAAUAUUUGAAAAUUUGUUAAUAGGGUUUUAGUUUAAAGCAUUGUUUUACAACAGUUUGAACCUAUUCAAUUUAUUAUUGUAUAUUAAAUCCCUGAUGUUUUAGUUGAUGCUCAUGCAGUUACAGAGUUGGUGAUUGAGUGCAGUAUGAAAUGAGCCAAUAAAUUUGGUUACUCUUUUAAGGACUCAGAUCAGAUAAUUUAACAUAAUGUCCUCUACAUCUUAUUUGUUUGAAAAUUAAAUGUUCAAAUCCUCUAAAAUAUGUUGAACAAUCUUAAUGUAAUACUACCAAUAUGUGCAGUGUUUUCAAAAACACUCAUUGUGGCCUUGUGUGAAUACUGUGUGAAAACUUAGCGCAAAAUAUGAUAAAUGUUGGAUUCUAA